GGUCAUAGGUGUUUACACGUUUUCAACCCAAAAUUUCUCUACUUACAAAAUGACCUUUCUAAUUUUGAUUAUGUUUUGUUUUAGCUUGGGGUCACUUUUUUCUUACACUAGAAACACUAAAAUAUGAAAGACGGAGUUAAGGUUACAAAACGCAAUCUUUGUUUACAAACAUGAUGUUUACAAAAACGAACUAUACAGUCCAUAAAAUAAACAAACGUGUUUGUAAACAUGGGCGGAUCCAAACGGAAGGGGAAGAAGCAUUUUAUAGAAAUAUUUCGAUGGCAAAAUACAAUACAUAUCCAUAGCCCUGAUCAACCUAUAAAACGGGUCAGUCUAUUUUAUAAGUGCAACAACACGGUUGACCCAUUUAAACCAGCUGUACUAGGUCAUACGUGAUUACACUUUUUCAAACUAAACUUUCUGUACUUACAAAAUGACCUUUCUACUUUCUGAUUAUGUUUUGUUUUUGGUUGAGUUCAUGUUUUUCUUAUACUAGAAACACUAAAUUAUCGAAGCCGGAGUUAAGGUUACAAAAAGCAAUCUUUAAUGUUUACAAACAUGAGGUUUACAAAAACGAACUGCAAUAUUUUUGUAACUCACAAAAACUUCAUAAAAAUCAUUCUUAUAAUACAGGUAAUAUACAGCUAUACUACAAGUUUUUCGGGUGGACAAUUUAGGCCCUUCCUGAAUAAAUGUGUUUUCACAACUUAAUCUGUAAACUUAUUUAGUCAAUCUCUUUUCAGAAUAGUUUUAAGAAUAUAGAUGAAUAGCUAUCUUACACUCUAGAAACAAAAUGUGAUUGAAAUUUAUGUACAUACACCGAUUUAUGUACAUAUUGCUAUAUUAAUUCAAUAAAAUUUUAUACAUUAAACACAUUGUCUUGGCCUAAUAUAUGUCACUGUCAAUUUAAAACUAAAAGCUUGUGUAUCUCAUAUUUUUCAUGCGAAUCAUGUAUAACUACUAUCAUGAAAAUAAACAAAAAAUACAGUUAUUUUGUGGCGCGUCUUUAAACGGACAUUCGUUUGAAUUAAUUAUAAAAUCACGUGAUCCCGAAGAUUUUCCGAUCGGUUACGAAAAAACGAUAAACACGAAAGUAGAACAAAAUGACCACCCAUGCCAGUCUAAGAAAAUACAAAAAAAAAAUCAUUCGUUUCUCUGCACAUGUUUUGACUUGAAAGGGAAUAUUGCACGGCUAUCGUAAUGUUUAGAUGUAUAUUUCAAAAUGUGUAGUCAUUUUUUAAGAUUUAUGCUUUUUUAUUUGUCUUUAUUUGGAACCUUUAAACCUGUGUAGAGAGUACAGUUUAACAAGUGCGAAUAAAAUAUCAACUUUAUCAUCUGAUAAAUAUGUGUCAUGAACACAUUUCAACCAAUACGGUUAGUUAGCUGCCGUGUGAUGAAAAUUCUGAAACGUACGAUUUAUUUGAACACGUUUUUCGGAAAAUACCUAACCAUAAAUAACAACAUUCGUGAGAAUUACUAGACUGACUCAUACCCGCUAUCAAUAAGGUGACAGUGUACUUCAUGGGUAAGUACGGACAGGGUCGGGAUUUAGCUAUUGUUUGACAUGAUAUGAAAAUAUGAAACAGCAUGGCGACAUUCACAUGUAUACAGGUAUUUUUGAUGGCGGGUAUGCUUAUUACAGGGAGCAUUGUUACACUUUGCAAAAAGGCUCAAAACGAUUGUGUAGUGAAUGGUUACAAGUCUAAGGAUCAUAGUUUUAACCAUCCUUGGUUUCAAACAUGGAUGAUGUGUUCAGCACAGAUAUUGUGUUUGAUAGGACUGCAUAUUCAAAGAAGAAGAAAAUUGCAAGAAUACAGGAAAGAAAUGACCCAGAAUGAGGUUCAGAAUGUGACACCUAAAAUAGAAAUAGGACCACCAGUUCAUGCAAGGAUGUGUCAGUGGAUUUUGAUCGUACCAACUUGCUGCUCCCUAAUCUCAGUGUCUUUGACUGGUACUGGUUUGCUCUAUGUUGAUGCGUCCAUCAUGUUGAUGCUUAAAGGAUCUGUCAUAAUAUUUGCAGGAAUCUUUUCAGUGCUAUUUUUGAAGAGGAAAUUGAAACUAACACAUUGGUUAGGCAUGGUUAUUGUUAUACUUGGUUUGGUGUUGGCUGGUUGUUCAAGUGUGUUUAAGAGUCAAGGUCACAAAACAAUUGGCGGGAAGACAGUUACAGGUAUAAUACUGGUUAUUGGUGCUCAGGUUGUGACAGGUGGCCAGAUCAUUUUAGAGGAGGCAGUUCUAAAAAAGAGAAAUUUACAGUCAUUGCAUGUUGUUGGCAUGAAGGGAAUAUAUGGAUUUACAUUAAUGUCAUUUAUAGUGUUACCUGUUCUGUAUUUCUUACCUGGUGAUAAUGUACACGGUAGUUAUGAAAACAGUGUUGAUGCACUCUAUCAGAUCUCAAACAGUAUCCAACUUUUUAUGUUGUGUCUUCUAUAUAUAGUGUCUGUAGCAUUCUACAACUACUUUGCAAUGGCUGUAGUCAGAUCACUUACCGCAGUACACAGUACUUUGAUAGAUGCCUGUAGGACUAUACUGGUGUGGGGAGUUGGUUUAACUAUCUACUAUGGAUUUGAUAAGAACUUUGGGGAGCCUUUUGAUAAAUCUUAUGGGAUUCUUCAAAUUGAUGGUUUCCUAUGCCUUGUGAUUGGAACAGCAAUAUAUAAGCAACUUCUAGAUAUUAGAAACUUUGUGCCUUGCCGAAGAGACUCUGAAAAUAAAAAUGAACAAACUGACAGUUUUCACCAAGAUAGCAUACAAGUCACGGUUAACAGUGAUGAUUACGACGAUGACGAAAACACUAAACUUCUGAAAUGAAAUAGAUACGUCUGUGCAGAAGCUUAAUUUAUUUAAUCAAUUUGUUAACUGAUUUUUCGUUGUUCAUAUCACUCGUUUGCUUUUGCAGUCUUUAAUAUAGUCCGAAGAUUGACAAACGAGGCAAUCCUUUCCUUUUAAAAGGAAACUUGACAUAUCUGAAGACACUUAAAGUUCGUUUAGUUUUUUACAAUAUGUUAUAUGCGAAUAGCCUAAUUGGAAUAUAUAUAGGAAAAAUACUUCAAAAAUUAUCAGAUCAUAUUUCCUAGACUGUUCAUUUAUAAUUAGCUGAUGACCCCAAGCGAUUAGGGAUCACUUGACUGUGACCUUGACCUACUGACCUGGCUCCUCCUCUUGGUUAAAAAUACAAAUAGACGGUAGUAAUCCGCAAACAAACCAAUCACGUAGAUUAUACAGUAAUCAAAAAUUUUCUUUUAAAAUUUCAACAAUCUCCGAACGAUGACUUUGAAAUCUCUUCCUUGUGUAAAUUAGGGCGAAAUGCAUAGACAUUUGUCCACUUUCGGUUUAUUUCGGUCUCAAAAGUUCUCCCGUCAAGAAAUGCCUUCGCUCUGCAGAUCGACCUGCAUACAUAAGAAAUUUAACCAAUUCUGAGUGAAAUAGCAUUGCCCCUUUUUUUGAAAUAAGGAUUUAAAUUUGUUACAGAAAGUAAAAAAUAAACGCACCCUCUGUCUUUAUUUAAUUUUCUCGUUUGGUUUCGGUCAUUAGCGCCGCCUCGGAAGUAUCACUGGCUCUUUUAUCAACUCACCUCCAUAAAGAAUAGGAGCAGUGUUUACAGUAUUUAUAAUGGUAUUUAAAAAAAGUUAAUCAGUUUUGUAAGAAGUGAUUGUAUAGGGGCAUACGUGAUAAAAAACGGCGGUGCAUACAUCAGGUACUUUGAUAUUACAUUACCGAAAACUGGACGUUUUUCUGUUCGAACGAUACACAUUUGUCACCAUUGGGAUACGACAUUAUGCUCAAUACAAUUUCUGCAGCUAUUUACGACAAAACGGCAAUAUUUCUGUUUUGUUGGUCAUGUUUUUUUUCUUCUUAAUUCCUUCAGUUCCCAAUUUUAUGCUAUACCGCUUUAACGGAAGGACCUCUCACACUUGCAUUGUGCUGGAGGCCCUUUCUGACAUAAAUAGCAUAAAGUCCAGUUUUGCUAUCGUUUGACGGAGCUAAAUAUUCGGACUAUUUACAUCUAAUUUUUUAUAAUUUAAUUACUUUAACAUAUACCAGCCAUGGCCAAAUAUUGCCAUAUCUUUAAACGAAAUAGCUUCGUUUUGCUUGUUAUUUUGUCGCUUGAUACUGGCCCUUGACCUAGUCAAAAUACAAAUUUUACAGCAUGUGAACGACAAUUUUGCAUGGAAUGAAUUUCUAUUAACUACUAACUUCCGCCUCAUUGUUUCAGAGGAGAUGUUUAACCUUUACCCUGCUAAAUAAUAAUGAACUGGUACAUCAUUCAAUUUGGACAGUGCCAUUGUUAAAAGGGGGGCUUAUCAAAAAGAUACCGAUUGAAUAGUGAGUUGAAUUUGUUGGGGUGACGGGCAUGGAAUAAUGUGAUCUCGAACGGCGAUUUACCCUGAAUAAAAUCAUAAUUUUGUCGUCCAGAUGCGUAUCAAUAUAUCACUCGAGCUAUGCAUCUGUACUCCAAACAAUAGUUUUUAUUCAACAACAAAUUACUGCUUGGGAUAUACUAUAAAUAAAACAUGGAAAACAUAGCUCUAAGCAAUGAACAGAAACUAAGCAUGUACGUAUUCUUCCUUUAUUCAGAACCCAACAAAGCAUUUUAACAUGAAAAUAAAAAAAACAAAUAACAAAUAAAAACAAACAAAAAAUUUAUCAUUUGUCCAUGUUUUGGACCGUCUUUCUGUACUUAUUCUUCCCUUAUUCAGAACCCAACUACGAAUUUUAAGAUGAAAAUAAAAACAAAUAAAAAAUCAAAGCCUUGAAAUGUCUGAUGGUUGCGGGUUUUUGGUAGAUUUAUUUUCUGUUUAAAUGCCAGUCUAUGAAUAUACAUGAAUGAGAAACAAAUACAAAUUUAAUGUGCCUCAUAUCUAAGAUGAACUCUGCCUGACCCAGCUUGUGAUGUAACCAUGGGCAUGAAUACCUUAUCAUUGAUAGAUCUUAUAUAAUCUAAAUGGUCAGUGUGAGU